AACACCAGUCAAACCGUAACAGCUAGUGCUACAAAGCGGAUGUAGUAUCUACGUCUUUAUGGCCUUUAGACACAGAGCAAGCUGCUAAAUAAACAUGGCAGAAAACAAAGUGGACGCUAGCCGUAAAGCUAGUGAGUCCACGCAUGAUAAUUCAGGUGGUUCAGCGUCGCCGGAGUGUCCUGAAGAUAAAGCCGCGGGAAGCAGCACGUCUCCUCCGUACAGUCAGGAUCUCCGGAGCGUCCUGGUCACCAGCGUUUUAAACCUGGAGACGCUCGACGUAGACUUGUACAGAGGGACUCACCACUGGGUGCCUCGCACUCAGCGUUUGUUUGGGGGUCAGAUAGUGGGCCAGGCCCUGGUGGCUGCUGCCAAAUCUGUCAGUGAUAACCUCUACGCCCACUCUCUCCACUGCUACUUUGUAAGAGCAGGGGAUCCGAAGGUUCCCGUUCUGUACCAGGUGGAACGCACGAGAGACGGUCGCAGUUUCGCAGUGCGCUCCGUGAAGGCCAUCCAGCAUGGAAAACCCAUACUCAUCUGCCAAGCGUCCUUCCACAUGCUGCAGCCCAGUCCCCUGCAGCACCAGUUCACCAUGCCCACUGUGCCUCAGCCCGAAGACCUCCUCACAGCAGAGCAGCUCAUCCAGCUUUAUUUAAGUAAACCAGACCUGGCAGAGAAUGCAAAACAAGGCCUCAACAAACUGCUGGCUAAUGAAGUCCCCAUUGAAAUAAAACCAGUCAACCCACCACAGUUUUACAAGCACACCGCAACCGAGGCGAGGAAGCUGUUCUGGGUGCGAGCGCGAGGAUAUAUCGGUGAAGGCAACAUGAAGCUGCAUUGCUGCGUGGCGGCGUACGUGUCUGACUUUGCGUUCCUGGGCACCGCACUGCUGCCUUAUCCCCACUACAGGGCCCACUUCUCAGCCUCGCUGGACCACGCCAUGUGGUUCCACAGCACUUUCCGCAGCGAUGAGUGGAUGUUGUAUGAGUGUGAGAGUCCGUGGGCAGGAGGCAGCAGGGGACUUGUUCAAGGGCGACUGUGGAGAAGAGACGGGGUGCUGGCUGCCUCGUGCUCCCAGGAGGGCGUCUUGAGAGUGAAACCAGUCCCAGAGCCCAGCAAACUAUAAGCACAUUUCUAACAUGUAUCAUGUGUAUAUUUUAAUCAUAGAAGUUUUAUUUAAUUUUAAGAUGCAAAAAUAGUAAUAUAACAUGAGUUUAUGAUGGUUUUAUUAUGAACAUGCAAACAUUUCAUUCAUAUUUCAUUUCCUAACAAUAAAUAAUAUAUAAU